CUUUACAAUUACCCAUGACUCCCUUCGAAUGUAUGACCUGUCUCUGGCCUUGGCGUGUAUCGCGGUGCUACUACUUGUCAAGUGUGCUGUCUGUAGGACUUGGGUAACGUUACCUAGAUAGUGGUCCUAUCUGACAAGUCGGCUUUUGAACAGGGAACCGUUACAGCGGAGCUGAGCCACAAUGCUGAAAUGUAGAACUGUGUGGAAAAAGCUUGCUCCUCUAGCCAGAGCCUCAUCAACUCUGUGCCGGCAGAAUGUGAGAAGAGCAGGGUUGAACAAUGGCAGAAUAGUGCGCGCACCAGCAGCUCAGAUGUCCACCGGGCCUGCAGGGGGAGGCGGGGAAAACCAGAUAUAUGUCGUCCUUGUUGGAGCAGUCUGCCUUGGCGGGGCAGCAUAUGCAUACCACACUUUAAAGGGAGACCAAAAACGAUAUGAAGAACGUAUGGCAGAGCUUUUGUCCAGACCACACUUAAGAGGUGCAGAAAAAACAGCUGUACCCACUGAGUCAGAGCCUCCUGCCGAAGAAGCAACUGAGACAGAGGCUGUCCCUGAACCAGAACCUGAAGCAGCACCGUCACCAGAGGAGCCAAGCUCUCCAGUCCCUGAAGCUGAAGCAGCGUCCUCUAGCAAAACAACUGAACCACUCCCAGCAGAUGAGCCUGUGGUAGAAGCAUCCCCAGAAGAGGCAGCAGAGCCACCUGCUGCACCUGUAGUUGAACCUGAUGUGCCUGUAGUUGAACCUGAUGCGCCUGUAGUUGAACCUGAUGCGCCUGUAGUUGAGGAGGAACCAGCAGCCCCAUCUGAGCCGUCCCCAGUUGAUCUUACAGAGCCAACCACUGCACCUGUUGUGGAGAGUGAACCUGCAGCAACAGCAGCAGCAGAAACCUUUGCAGCAGAGCCGGCAGAGCCUCAGCCUGAAGUUGUGGCAGAGAGUGCAUUGGAAUCCACACCUGCCUCUCCCAAGGUCCCCUCACACACUCCCUACCUCCUUAUUGGUGGCGGCACCGCCUCUUUUGCUGCUGCCCGGUCUAUUCGAGCCAGAGACCCCGGUGCCAAGGUACUAAUUGUGACUGAUGAGCCAGACCUUCCAUACAUGAGACCACCUCUCUCAAAGGAACUGUGGUUCUCUGAUGAUCCCAGUGUGACAGAAACGCUGCGUUUCAAACAAUGGAAUGGAAAGGAAAGAAGUAUCUACUUCCAGCCGCCAUCAUUCUACAUUAAUCCAGAAGAUUUGGAUAGUGCAGAAAAUGGGGGAGUGGCUGUUCUCACUGGCAAAAAGGUGAUUCACAUGGAUGUGAGAGGAAACAAAGUCAAACUGGACGAUAAUACUGAGAUUUCAUACGACAAAUGCUUGAUUGCUACAGGCGGUGUGCCAAGAAAUCUACAGGCCAUUGAAAGAGCAGGAGAGGAGGUGAUGAAGAGGACAACUUUGUUCCGAAAGAUUGAGGACUUCAAAUCAUUGGAGAAAGUAUCCAGAAACAUCAAGUCCAUCACAAUCAUUGGAGGCGGCUUUUUGGGCAGCGAGCUGGCCUGUGCCCUCGGAAGGAGAUCAACUGAUUCUGGUCUGGAGGUGAUUCAGAUGUACCCUGAGAAGGGCAACAUGGGAAAAGUGCUGCCUGAGUAUCUGAGCAACUGGACAACUGAAAAAGUCAAGAAAGAGGGUGUAAAAAUCAUCUCAGAAGCUUUGGUGAAAUCUGUGACCUGCAAAGAUGAUAAAUUAGAAAUCCAACUGAAAGAUGGCCGAUUGGUGAAAACUGAUCACAUUGUUGCAGCUGUUGGCUUGGAGCCCAAUGUUGACCUUGCCAAGUCAGCAGGUCUGGAGGUGGACUCUGACUUUGGUGGCUAUCGGGUCAAUGCAGAGCUGCAAGCGAGGUCCAAUAUUUGGGUGGCAGGAGAUGCUGCGUGUUUCUACGACAUCAGACUGGGCCGCAGACGAGUGGAGCACCACGAUCACGCUGUUGUGAGCGGCAGACUAGCAGGAGAGAACAUGACGGGGGCCAGCAAACCUUACUGGCAUCAGUCUAUGUUCUGGAGUGACCUGGGUCCUGAUGUAGGCUAUGAAGCCAUUGGGAUCGUUGACAGCAGCCUGCCAACAGUAGGAGUGUUUGCCAAAGCCACUGCCAAGGACACACCUAAAGCUGCUACAGAGAAGUCAGGAACUGGAAUCCGCUCAGAAAGUGAAACAGAGGACACGGCCGUUAGCCCAGUGGCCUCUUCAACACCCACGCCCGCUGUGGAGCAGCACAAAGACAACUAUGGCAAAGGAGUCAUCUUCUACCUGCGAGACAAGGUGGUGGUGGGCAUUAUCCUGUGGAAUGUGUUCAACAGAAUGCCCAUCGCAAGGAAGAUUAUCAAGGAUGGAGAGGAACAUGCUGAUCUGAACGAAGUGGCCAAGCUGUUCAACAUCCAUGAGGAUUGAGAUGGUGGAGGCUGACACUCACUGUGGGAGGGGAGUUACGCUCCAUGUGAAGACUGAACUUUGGCAGCCGUUGCCACAAUCUAUAAUGGUCAUGCGUACAAAACAGGACAUUCAACGUAAAUUAUGUCAUGUUGAUGAAAUAUUUUCAUAUAUUGGAAUUUGUAUCUGCUGCGCCUGUUUUGUUGUUUGUUUUUUUUCUUGUUGUUUUUCUAUUCAGGAAAAAAAAAACACUGUCUCAUCUUCCUGCUUCCACCAAACUUGUGUGAUUGUAUAUCCGCUUUCCUCACCAGGCUGAAAAUGUUUAACGUGGAUUAUCAUUUCCCUCCGUGUGAUCAGAGCAGCUUGUCCUGAGAGAAGCUGCAAUAAAAGCUAUUUUUAAAUUGGA